AUGAGAAGAGCGUUCGUGGGACUGAACGCUGACGACAUCCAGCAGGAAGUGGAAGGGAUGUGGAGGACGCUGUACAAGCUGAGCAAGACCUUCGCCGACCAGCCCGGGCCUCGCAGGGUUGCCGAUCUCGUCAGGACCAAGAUCGAGAAGUUCAAGCAGCAUAUGCCGGUGCUGCACACCAUAUGCAACCCUGGACUUAGGGAAAGGCAUUGGCGACAGAUUAGCGAUGCUGUCGGAGUGGAAAUCCAAGUGGAAGAAGAUACAACCCUGGCCAUGAUGAUCGAAUCGGGUCUACCGAAAGUUGUGAAGAAGCUAGAGGAGAUCUCAGCGGUCGCUUCCAAGGAAUACGGACUUGAAAAAGCUCUUUAUUCCAUGAAGUCGACAUGGGCCAACGUCUAUUUCGAAUUCCUACCUUACAGAGAGACAGGAGUCUCCAUCAUAACAUCGGUGGACGAAAUCCAAGUGUUACUCGACGACCACAUCCUGAAGGCACAGACCAUGAGAGGUUCCCCGUACAUUCGAGCGUUGGAGUCAGAAUUCCGACAGUGGGAAGACACUCUUCUCGCCAUGCAAGACAUUCUCGACGCCUGGCUCAAGUGUCAAGGCACCUGGCUCUACUUGGAGCCAAUAUUUAGCAGCGAAGACAUCCUGCAGCAGAUGCCCGUCGAAGGAAGGAAAUUCGUUCGUGUCGAUAGAACCUGGCGACAGGUGAUGGGAUAUGCAGUGGAACAUCCUUUGGCACUGGAGGCGACCAGUCAGGGAGACCUCUUUAAGAGGCUUCACGAGGCCAAUUCGCUCCUCGACGACAUUCAGAAGGGGCUCAACGACUACCUGGAAAAGAAACGACUGUUUUUCCCUAGAUUUUUCUUCCUCUCGAACGAGGAACUACUGGAGAUCCUUUCCGAGACGAAGGACGCUUCUCGAGUGCAACCCCACUUGAGGAAGUGCUUCGAGGGGAUCCAUCGACUCCGUUUCACCGAGGAACAGGUGAUCACGGGCAUGAUCAGCGAGGAGGGAGAGGAGGUGGAGUUCAUCCAGGAGGUGGUGCCGUCCAGAGCCAGGGGGCUGGUGGAGAAAUGGCUCGUGGAGGUAGAGGGCCUGAUGAUAAGCAGCCUGAGGAGUGUGACCCAGAGGGCAGUGGCCGCCUAUGCCCACACGGACAGGGCCAAGUGGGUUCUGGAGUGGCCGGGGCAGGUCAUCCUCUGCGCCUCCAACAUCCACUGGACAGCGCAGACCACCGAGGCACUCGGCGACAGAGACGCUCUGAAGGAGCACCUGAGGCGUUGCACGCGUCAAAUUGAAGACAUCGUGCGUCUAGUGAAGGACAAGGGAUUAUCAGCAGGAGCUAGAACAACUCUCGAAGCUCUCCUUGUCAUCGACGCUCAUGGCAUAUUGGUGGAACUCGGGGUCCGAGGGCCGUCAGAUUUCGAUUGGCUGGCUCAAUUGAGAUAUUACUGGAACGAAUUCGAUUCCCUCGUCACUGUGUCCAUGAUCACCACGGAAAUCAGGUACUCCUACGAGUACCUUGGAAAUACGGGGCGGCUUGUCAUCACUCCCCUCACUGAUCGCUGCUAUCGGACGUUAAUGGGAGCGUUGCGGCUGCAUCUCGGAGGGGCUCCGGAGGGGCCUGCGGGAACGGGCAAAACGGAGACCUGCAAGGAUUUGGCGAAGGCGGUUGCCAAGAAAUGCGUCGUCUUCAACUGCUCCGAGGGUCUGGAUUACAAAGCCAUGGGAAAAUUUUUCAAGGGAUUGGCACAAUCCGGAGCAUGGGCCUGUUUCGAUGAGUUCAACAGGAUUGAAUUGGAAGUCUUGAGCGUGGUGGCUCAACAGGUGCACUGUCUUCAGACUGCCGUGGCUCAGGGUGCACCCACCCUGCAUUUCGAGGGCACCACCCUCCGCUUGGAUCCCACUUGCUCCAUCUUCAUUACCAUGAAUCCCGGGUACGCAGGACGCCAGGAACUGCCGGACAACCUGAAGGUCCUUUUCCGGACGGUGGCUAUGAUGGUCCCGGACUACGCACUCAUUGCCGAGAAUUCCCUCUAUUCCUACGGAUUCGUCAAUGCAAGGAGUUUGGCAGGGAAGAUCGUGGACGUGUACCGCCUGUGCUCGGAGCAGCUGAGUUCCCAGCACCACUACGACUACGGGAUGCGAGCGGUGAAGGCCGUGCUCACGGCUGCUCGCAACCUCAGGCUCAAGUAUCCCAACCAGGACGAGGGACAGCUGGUGCUCAGGGCCAUCCUCGGGGUCAACAGGCCCAAGUUCCUCGCUCAGGAUAUUCCGUUGUUCGAUGGGAUCAUCUCGGACCUGUUCCCCGGAGUGGACCUCCAGCCACCAGACUAUUCCGUGCUCACGGAGGCCAUCUUCGCGAAGAUUCAGGAAAGAGGCCUCCAAGCCACGCCCUGGUUCACCGACAAGAUCUUCCAGCUCUACGAGAUGAUCCUGGUCCGCCACGGACUUAUGCUCGUCGGUGAGCCCAUGGGUGGGAAGACGUCGGCGUAUCAGAUCCUUGCGGCAGCUCUGACGGCGGUUGCCGAAAUGCCAGAUUCCCCCUUCAAAGAAAGUAAAGUAAACACUCGCGUGAUUAAUCCCAAGGCAUUGGAACUGGGUCAACUCUACGGGUGCUUCGAUAAGAUCUCGCACGAGUGGUCGGACGGGGUUCUGGCAACGGCCUUUCGCGAGAUGGCGAUAAGCGGAAGCCCCGACCGCCAAUGGCUCGUUCUCGAUGGACCCGUGGAUGCCUUGUGGAUCGAGAACCUCAAUACGGUGCUGGACGACAACAGGAAGCUCUGCCUCAUGUCGGGGGAGAUCAUCCAGAUGUCUAGGCAGAUGAACAUCAUCUUUGAAGUGGGUGACCUCGAGCAUGCAUCUCCAGCGACCGUUUCCAGAUGUGGCAUGAUCUACAUGGAACCAAGUCGACCGUGCACCGAUUUCCCUCUACACUUCAGACAAAUUGGGUUGGCGAUCCUUAAGAGACUCGUACAUGAGCACCCUUCGAGAUCAAGUGCCACACGACACUUUGGAUGCCCUCAAGGACAUGACGGAUUGGCUCGUGGAUCCCUGCCUCGAAUUCGUCUCGUCUCAAUCCGCUUUCUCGUUCAUUCGCACGGCAGACCUCCACCUCUUUCGGGCAAGCUCUUUGGCAAACUCUCGCCGGCGUUGGCGAUGAGCUAUGAGAGCCGUUACGAGACGCAGCCGGAAGUACUUGGAGGACAACAGGGGCAGUCUUGGCUCCAGGGCAUGUUCAUUUUUGCCAUAAUUUGGUCCAUCGGAGGUGUCCUUACGGGAGACAGCAGGAAGAAGUUUGACGAAUUUCUUCGCCAGCUCGUACUUGGCUUGAACUUGGCUCAUCCGCGUCCAAAGAGCUUCAAGUUGCAGCGCCAGCAACUCAUCCCAGACGGAGGAACGGUCUACGAUUACGUGUUCGACCGAAAGGACAUGGGUCAUUGGAUGCCGUGGAUGGAAACCAUGGACAAGAAAGCCCUUCACAUUCCACCGAACGCCAAGGUGUCGGAGUUGCUGAUCCCGACCGUGGAAACGGCGCGUCAGAGUUACUUCCUUAAGUUGCUCCUCAACCAGGGCAUACCGUUAGUAUUCGUUGGGCCGACAGGGACGGGGAAGUCUGCCAUCGUGUCCCAUCACUUGAUGGGUCUACCCAAGGAGAAGUUCCUUCCCAACGUCAUCAAUUUCUCGGCCAGAACGACGGCCACGCAAACCCAAGACAUUGUCAUGUCCAAACUGGAUAGGCGGAGAAAAGGUGUGUACGGACCCUCAAUGGGGAAGAAAUGCGUGGUGUUCAUCGACGACAUGAACCUGCCUCAGAAGGAAGUGUUCGGCUGUCAACCGCCUUUGGAGCUCUUGAGACAAUGGCUGGACCAUGGCUACUGGUACGAUCGGAAAGAUACCUCCAAAUUGGAGGUCAUCGACACUCUGCUGGUGUCGGCGAUGGCUCCACCCGGAGGAGGACGGAGCCCGCUGCCGGACCGCCUGGCGAGGCAUCUGCACCUUCUCUGCAUCGACGCUUUCGACGAUGCCACGCUCACGAAGAUCUUCGGCUCCGUUGUCGACUGGCACUUCGGCAAGGGAUUCGAGAUGAGCAUCACGCGGUGUUCCAAGGCACUGGUGCAAGCAACGCUGGAGGUGUACAAGGGAGCAAUGGGGAGCUUCCGUCCGACCCCGACAAAAAGCCACUACGUGUUCAACCUGCGAGACUUCAGCCGGGUCGUCCGGGGGGUGCUGCUCAUGCCGCCGAGCCAUCUCACCGACUCGGGGAAGAUGGUGCGGUUGUGGGUCCACGAAGUCACCAGGUCCUUCCACGAUCGGCUCAUCGAAGAACAGGACAGGAUGAAAUUCAUGGAACUGCUUCAAAAUUCCUGUCAGAAUCACUUCAAGACCAGUCUCGAGAGAUGUCUUCCUCAUCUGGUCGGUCAGAUGGGGACUCUGGAAGAAAAGGGUAUUCGAAAGCUCUUCUUCGGGGACUACAUCUACCCAGAUGCAGAAUCAAAGGUCUACGACGAGAUCACGGACCUGGAACGACUGACGGCAGUGAUGGAGAACUAUCUGAGCGAGCACAACGUGGUCUCCAAGAACCCCAUGUCCCUGGUCAUGUUCCAGUUCGCCAUAGAGCACGUGAGCAGGAUCGCCCGGGUGCUGAGACAGGAUUCGGGGCAUGCACUCCUCAUCGGCAUGGGGGGGAGCGGCAGGGCCAGCUGCAGCCGCCUGGCCGUUUUCAUGGCCGGUUAUGAACUGUGCCAGCUGGAGAUGAGCAGGUCCUACGGCCUGGAGCAGUGGCGGGACGACCUCAAGCGGAUUCUCAUGAAGGCCGGUGGGGAAGGGAAGCCCACGGCGUUCCUCUUUACCGAUACGCAGAUCAAGGACGAAGCCUUCAUCGAGGACAUCAACAUGCUCCUGAACACCGGAGACAUUCCGAAUCUGUAUCCCCCUGACGAGCGAGCGGAGAUCCUGGAGCGGAUGCAGACGGCCGCCAGGGAGCAAGGGAGGAAGAUCGACCCCUCCCCCCUUUCCCUCUACAACUUCUUCGUGGAACGAGUGAGGAGGAACCUGCACGUGAUCCUCGCGAUGUCGCCCAUCGGAGACGCUUUUCGGUCUCGGCUGCGCAUGUUCCCGUCUCUCAUCAACUGCUGUACCAUCGAUUGGUUCACGGAAUGGCCGGAUGAUGCCCUUGAGAGGGUGGCAUCCAAGUUCCUCUCGGACGUGGACCUCCCCGACGAUUUCCGAGAGCGAUGCAUCCGACUCUGCCAGUACUUCCACAGGAGCGUGGGUCACUUGAGCACCCGGUUCUUCGAGACGUACAAGAGGCCGACUUAUGCCACCCCCACGUCCUUCCUCGAACUCAUCCUCACCUUCAAGAAUCUGUUGGCAGUGAAGAGGAACGAAAUCCUUCUGUUGAAGAACCGAUACGCCACGGGACUCGAGAGACUGGAGUACGCUACUUCCCAGAUUUCGGUGAUGAAAGAUCGGGAGACCGCCCUGCGACCACAACUCGUGGCGCUAUCAGAAGAAACAGAGAGACUCAUGAUCAAGAUCGAGAAGGAUACGGUACACGUCGAGAGUCAAAAGGAGAUCGUGGCAGCCGACGAAGCAGCAGCGAACGAGGCGGCAGCCGCAGCGCAGGCCAUCAAGGACGACUGCGAGAACGAGCUGGCCGAGGCGCUGCCUGCCCUCAACGCGGCCAUCUCCGCCCUGAACACCCUUAAGCCCGCCGACAUCACCCUGGUGAAGGCGAUGAAGAACCCUCCCUCGGGGGUGAAGCUGGUCAUGGAGGCCAUCUGCGUCAUGCUGGAUCGGAAGCCGGAGAGGAAGGCGGACCCGACCGUGCUCGGCAAGUACAUCGAGGACUAUUGGUCCACGUCGCAGAAAGUCCUCGGGGAUCUCAAGUUCUUGGACACUCUCAGGUCCUACGACAAGGCCAACAUCCUUCCUCAUAUCAUGAAGAAGAUUCGGGAGAAAUACAUCUUGAAUCCAGAUUUUGACCCGGAAGUGAUCAAGGACGUGUCUCGGGCGUGCGUGAAUCUGUGCAAGUGGGUGAGAGCCAUGGAAGUUUACGACAGGGUGAACAAAAUCGUCGCUCCGAAGAAAGAGCGUCUUCAAGGGGCAGAGAGGGAACUGGAAGCCCAGAUGGGGAAGCUCAAAGAAAAAAGAGCCCAACUUCAUCAAGUGACGGAUAAGCUGCAGGCCCUGAACGACGAGUUCGCGACGAACAUCCGGAGGAAGAAGGAGCUGGAGGACGAGCUCUUCCUCUGCUCCCAGAAGCUGGACAGGGCCGAGAAGCUGAUCGAGGGCCUGGGCGGGGAGAAGGAGCGCUGGAGCCGGGCUGCCCACGCCCUGGGGGAGAAAUACGAUAACAUCAUGGGGGACGUCCUCAUGGCUGCUGCCGUCGUCGCCUAUUUGGGUCCUUUCACCGCCGAUUUCAGGCAAUCCUGUCUCGAGGAAUGGGUGCGAAGGUGCGAGCAGGUGGGUGUGGCGUGCUCGAAUCCCUUCCAUUUGAGUUCGACAUUGGGGGAUGCGGUGAAGACUAGGGCAUGGCAUCUGGCCGGGCUUCCGGUCGAUGCCUUCUCGGUCGACAAUGCCAUCAUCGUGACCCACGCCAGGCGGUGGCCGCUCAUGAUCGACCCUCAGGGCCAAGCGAACAAAUGGAUCCGAAACCUGGAGAAGGACAACGGGCUGUCGGUGAUCAAGCUCACGGACCCCAACUAUCUGAGGAUCCUGGAGAAUGCCCUCCAGUUUGGCAGACCCAUCCUUCUCGAAAACAUCGGCGAGGAGUUGGAUCCCAUCCUGGAGACCGUCCUCAUUCGGCAGACCUUCAAGUCUGCAGGCAUUGAAUACAUCCGGCUCGGGGAUCAACUCGUCGAGUACAACACCGAAUUCCGGCUUUACAUGACGACGAGGCUGCGAAACCCACAUUACCUACCGGAAGUAUCGGUAAAGGUGACACUGCUGAACUUCAUGUUGACUUCGGUGGGUCUCGAAGACCAACUAUUGGGCAUCGUGGCUGCCAGGGAAAGACCCCAACUUGAAACUCAGAAACACCAGCUCAUCGUGGAAGGGGCAGACAACAAGAAGAAACUGAAGGAGUUGGAAGAUCGCAUCCUGCAAGUGUUGGCUGCCGAAGGGAACAUCCUCGACGAUGAAACUGGCAUCAAAGUUCUCUCUUCCUCUAAGUUGUUGUCAGAGGACAUCAAAGCGAAGGAGCAGGUGAUCGCAUCGACGGAGGCCCAGAUAGAUGCCACACGAGACCAAUACAAGCCUGUUGCAGCACAUUCUUCCAGACUUUUCUUCUGUCUCUCCGAAUUGGCCAACAUCGAUCCCAUGUAUCAAUACUCACUCGCCUGGUUCAUCCGGCUUUACGAACACUCAAUAGCUAACAGUCGGCAAUCGGAGAACAUAAAGGAAAGGGUGAAGCACCUGAACGACCACUUCACGCACAGCGUCUACCGGAAUGUGUGCCGAUCUCUGUUCGAGAAAGACAAGCUCCUCUUCUCAUUCUCUCUUUGCAUCUCCAUCCUCCGCGGAGAGGGGAAGUUGGAUGAAGAAGAGUUGCAUUUCCUAUUGACGGGCGGAGUGACCUUGGACAAUCCCCAUCCGAAUCCAGGCAAGGAGUGGCUGUCAGACAAGUCGUGGGCUGAGAUCGUUAUGGCAACCAAACUCACUCGUUUGAGCGGUCUACGGGAGUCGUUCGAGCAAGAGCCUGAGAAGUGGAAAGAUGUGUACGAUGCACCCAACCCUCAAGACCUUCCAUUCCCACUGUCGUUAGGGGAGAGCGAGCCAAAAGACCCUGGCCUUUCUCUUCUCGUCAUUCUACGAUGUCUCCGACCCGACAAGAUCGUUCCUGCUGUGCAGGACUUCAUCGUGAAGCACAUGGGAUCGACGUAUAUCGACCCUCCGACCUUUGACUUGGCUGGUUCCUUCGCUGAUUCCUCUCCUCGUUCCCCGCUCAUCUUCAUUCUUUCGCCAGGCGCCGAUCCUAUGGCUGCCCUUCUCACGUUUGCCGAAGAGCGCAACAUCAUCGACAGAGUCAAAUCUAUUUCUCUCGGCCAGGGGCAGGGUCCCAUCGCAGGGGAAUUGAUCGAGGAGGGUGUGGUGGAUGGAGGAUGGGUUGUCCUCCAGAAUUGUCAUUUGGCAACGUCGUGGUUACCAACAUUGGAACGUCUGUGCGAAGAGGUUGUGAACACUGACAGGACUCAUUCGGAUUUUCGACUUUGGCUUACUUCCUAUCCGUCGGCGCAAUUCCCUGUCUCCAUUCUACAGAAUGGUGUGAAGAUGACAAAUGAAGCCCCGAAGGGUGUGAGGGCGAACUUGUUGCGAUCAUAUAUGUCACCUCCAAUCAGCGAUCCAGAAUUCUAUAAUGCCUGCACCCAGUCGAGAUCAUGGCAGAGACUUCUCUUUGGACUCUGCUUCUUCCAUGCUCUCAUCCAGGAACGGAGACACUUUGGACCUCUGGGAUGGAACAUUCCUUACGAAUUCAACGAAUCCGACUUGCGGAUCUCCGUUGCCCAGCUGCAGAUGUUCCUCAACGAUUCGACCUCGGAGGUACCUUUCAAUGCCCUGGUUUAUCUGACCGGAGAAUGCAAUUACGGAGGCCGAGUGACGGACGAUAAGGAUCGAAGGCUACUUCUUGCUCUCCUUUCUUCUGUCUACUGCCCACAAAUCCUGUCGCAAGAUCGGUACGACUUGGCAGGUGAAGGUACUUACUACUGCCCCGAUUCCGAAGAUUACGAUGGAUAUCUGAGGUAUAUCCGAUCUCUUCCUCUUUCGUCGAAGCCCGACGUCUUCGGUCUCCAUCAAAACGCUGAAAUAACCAAGGACAAUCAAGAAACAGAUCAGCUGUUGAAUGGGCUUCUGCUGACUCAACCUCAGCGGCUGGAAAUAGGUCGGAGCAAAGGUCAAAAGUCCCCAUCGGCUGUGGCCCUAGAACUUGCCACGGAUAUUUUGGUCAAACUACCCAUUGAAUUCAACAUCAAAGAAGUCGAAGCAUCCUUCCCCAUCACGUACUCUGAAUCCAUGAACACUGUCCUCAAACAGGAGGUGACCAGGUACAACCGUCUCCUGGCGACAAUCCGAGCAAGUUUAGAAGAAUUAUGUCGGGCCAUCAAAGGGCUUGUGCUGAUGUCAUCUGACCUGGAGGAAGUGUUCAAUUCCCUCCUCGUCGGGAGAGUACCACUGGCCUGGCAAAGGAAGUCUUACCCUUCUCUCAAGCCAUUGGGAUCUUACAUCAGUGAUCUUGUUCGAAGAUGCCAAUUCUUCCGAAAUUGGAUAGAAGGUGGGAUACCGAAGAUUUUUUGGUUUUCGGGUUUCUUCUUCACUCAGAGUUUCUUGACAGGGGUAUUGCAAAACUUCGCUCGAAAAUACUGCAUUCCAAUCGAUCAAUUGAGCUUCACCUUUCACGUGACAUCUCAUGAGGCUCGUCUCACGGCCCCAGCAGAGAAUCCCUCGAUCAAAAGGGGUUUACAUUUGGAAGGAGCCCGUUGGGACAGGAAGUUGAGGAAACUUGCGGAGCCCUUUCAAAAAGUCCUUCAUGAUCCUCUUCCAGUCAUCACUCUGCUUCCUUGCAAGAAGGCAGAAAUAGUGGAGACGCCAUCGUACGAAUGCCCGGUGUACAAGACGUCGGCGAGGCGGGGGACAUUAUCGACGACGGGGCAUUCCACGAACUUUGUCUUGUACAUUACACUCCCAACGGAUCUUCCUCCUAGCCAUUGGGUCAUGCGGGGAGUUGCUGCCCUCUCUCAACUCUGUGACUGA